AUGUAUCUGUUAUUAAUAUUAGUUAGUAUAAUUCUGUGUGUUACGACCUUACUUUACUUAUGGUGGUCUAAAGUCAAGAGAUAUUGGGCAGAUCGUGAUGUUCCCCAUCUACCACCAGUUCCGUUUCUGGGUAGUAUGACUUUUCUCAUGAGAGAGAAUAUUGGAUAUUGGUUACAACGGAUGUAUAAACAAUUUGAUAGUCCUUAUGUAGGAGUUUGGAUCUUCUGGAGACCUGGUCUUCUUAUUAAUUCACCAACAUUAGCCAGAAACAUAUUAACUAAAGACUUCGAUGUUUUUAGGAAUCGCUUUUUGAGCUCAGGUGCAACAGAUCCAAUUGGUUCACUCAAUCUCUUUACUGCUAAUGAUGAUCUUUGGACAAAUAUUCGAAAACAACUUGGUGGGCUAUAUACAGGUGCGAAGCUCAGAAAUUUCCAAGAUUACAUUCGAAAUAAAGCUAAGGAAUUAGUUCAAAGAAUCCACAAUGAACGCCACAAUAAGUUUGAUAUUAUGACUAUUUUUGCUGACUACACAACCGACGUAAUUGGUACUACGGCGUUUGGAAUCAAGAGUGACGCAACCUUGACAGGAGCAGGACCGAUAAGAGACAUCACGAAUGAUUUCUCAAGAUACAGUUUAUACAGAAGUAUAGGAGCGUGCAGCAUAUUCUUUUUUCCGGAACUGGUUGAUAUUUUCCGAUUUAAAUUUUUCCCGACAUCUUCAAUCAAUUACUUUAAGAAAAUAUUUAGUACAAUUUUAUCGCAACGUGAAAUAAACGAGAAGGGCAAAGACGUUAAAGAUCUAAUGGACUUCUUGAUUAAUAUCAAAAAAGAAAACGAAUCUAUUUCAAAUGAUGUAUUAAUAGCUCAAGCUGCUAUAUUCCUGCUAGGUGGAUACGAUACUACAGCAGGACUUCUCACAUUCGCAACUUAUGAACUGGCCUAUAACCCCGAAAUACAGGAAAAAUUAUAUGAAGAAUUAUUAGAGGCUAAACGCUGUAAGGAUGCUGAUUCAAUUCACGAUUUUGACAUGACAACACUUGCUGAAUUGCCAUAUCUUAACGGGGUCAUGAAAGAAACACUUCGAUUGUAUAAUACAAUGGGAUGGAUUGAUAGAAUAGCUUCAGAAGACUACAAGGUAGAUGACGACUUGACUAUAGAGGCUGGUACCGUGAUUUAUAUCAACUCAUUCGGAAUUCAAAUAGAUCCUAAAUACUAUCCUGACCCACAUAAGUUUGAUCCUGAGAGAUUUUUACCAGAAAACAGGCGUAACAUCGUACCUCACACCUUUUUACCUUUUGGAGACGGACCAAGAGGUUGCAUUAGCAAGAGGUUUGGUAACAUGACGGUACAAUUUGCUCUGGCACACAUGUUACUUAAAUACAAAAUUCUUCCGUACCCCAAUUCACCCAAGCCUUCAGAGAUCAAAAUCAGUACCAAAACUGUUUGGUUCUUUCCAGAGGAAGAUAUGCAUGUUCAGUUCAUCCCGAGAUAAUGUUUUACUACCUAUUUAAUGUUGUAAUUAAAAAAAGUUUUAAACGUGUAUUUAGUAUUGAUCGAAAGGAAAAAGAAAAUCGAUUUGAUUUACUUAUUCUCAUAUAUCAACACUAAAUCUUUUAAA